UACUACGACUACUACUACUACUAGUACUACUACUAGUACUGCUUGUACUACAGGGUCAGUAACAACCGCACAGUCCUGCAAACUUCAUCCUUUCUUUGGGAAGUCCAUUGGGAAAGAAAAUGCUGAGUGGACUUUUCUUCCUGGUCCUGCUGGCGUCGCCUGCCAUGGCCGGUGAGCAAGAUGGGACGCUGCCCCGGCUGAAUGACGGCAAAGCUGCACAAGGCUUCAUCGACUCCGCCGAGGUGGUGGUCAUCGGGUUCUUGCAGGGAGAGGAGAGUCUUGGUUACAAAGAGCUGGUGGCCGCCGCCAAGCGAGUGGACACCGUCCCUAUGGCCAUCAGUGACGUGAAAGAAGUGUGGGCCGACUAUGGCAUCAAAUCAGACACCAUCACCCUUUUCAGAAAGGCAGAUAACCACCAAGAGAACCUGGUUGUUGCCGAGGCCAAGAAGCUGGAAACGGACGGUCUUGUCAACUUUGUGGUGGUGAACGAGGUUCGAUACCUGACGGAGUACAGUCAAGUGACCGCUGUGGGCAUCUUCAACUCCGAGGUGAAGGCGCACCUCCUGCUCUUCGCCAACAGGGGCAGCAAAGAGCACCAGGAGCUGAAGGAGCGGCUGGCGGCUUUGGCUCCAGAGUUCACGGGCAAGUUCUUGUUUGUGCUCAUCAACGGAGAAGUCACGUCCAACUCCAGGUCCCUGCAGUACUUUGGACUGAGGCCCAAGGACCUGCCCCGUGUGGGCAUCUACGACGGGGACUCCGACAUGAAGUGGCUCCUGCCCCAGGGGCCCAUCUCUACUGAGCGUGUGCGAGAGUUCUGCACCUCCUUCUUGCGAGGGGAGCUGAAGGACGUGCAACAAUCUGCAGCAGAGGGGAAAACGGAGCUGUGAAGCUAAUAGAAGAUGUGUGAAUGAGUUUGAACUGUUGUUCAAAAUGGAAUUAAAAAAACAAAAACAAAAAAAAGUUCUGGCGUAUUCUCUACCGGGGGAAAACCUUGGCACAGCUGCACGUCUGGCCACGGCCUGUCCUGCCUGCUUUUGUCCC